UACAAGGUGUGCGAGAAAUUGAGCGAACCCCACCAUCUAUCCACGAGCGUUCGUACGCUUGUGGCGCUCUAUUCGAUCGACGUCUAUCUGGCAAAGUUGUCUGUCGCUAUCAGUGCUUGUAUGUGAGUGUUGGAGUACGUGCGUGUGCGAGUGUGAAUAUCGAUUGGCCUUAGCAGUCAGGCGGUAGCUUUCUGAGCAAAUUUUGUUUGCCGAUAUUUUCUAGACAAUCAGUUCUAGUCUGAGACUCGUUGAGCGAGUUUCUUUAAUUGUAAAGAAAAAACAUACAGCGGAGAAUAGAUACGUCACACGUCGCAUCCGAUGCUCUGCGACUAUUCCAUCACAUCUGAUACGAUUUGAGUUGAUUUGAUUCGAUCCGAUCCGAUACUUUGGCAAAACAUAAAAUUGCGAAGAAUUGUUACGGAGCUGAAUUCAAUUGGCGACUGUGUGUUUCUUUCGACUGGGUUCGUCGCGUGUUCGGGUGAAUGUGAGUGUUUAGUUCAGUUCAGUUUUCUCUCGAACGGGAGAAGUGGCGGCUGAGAGAGGCCAUAGCUGAUGUCAACCAAAAAAUAUAUAUUCCUACAUACAUACAUAUAUGUAUAUCUAUAUAGAAUAAAUAAAUUAAUAUCACAAAAGAAAAGGUGAAGAAGAAAUAAUUGAAAAGUACGAAAGGAAAACAAAUGCAAAGAGCCAAGGAAUAAGAGAAAUAUUUGGAUUGUAUCCCCGCCUGUCCCCCAUUGAUUAGAGAUUAUCUAAUGGCUAACUGAAAAACGCAAAUAAAAAAACCUGGUGGUGAUUAAUACCACAUAUGGGAUAGCUAUUCUCACGAAUAAAACUAAUAAUAAUAAUAAUAUAAAUAUAUAAUUUGGACGGCACCUAUUGGCUGUUCCAUCAUCUAACCUUCCUGCGCGUUGGUCAAUGAACGUAGGGAAAUUUAGACAAGUGAAAUCAAGAGUGACCGACCAGUGAGUGUUCUGAGUGAGUGUCGAUUUUGAACAAAUAAAACCAUACAAGCGUACGCAAAUAUUUGCCAAUUGCCUUACAACUCCAACACAGUCCCAGCAAAUCGAAUUCCACAAUUUCCCUCUAGCGUUUCCACACAGCAGCGAAGCAAGCAACAAAAGCACGCAGAUAGAUUUACAUCUACACCCCGGCAGUGUGGGUGAAUGUCUACUAUUUGGAAUAUUGUAAUACAACAGCCGAACGUGCUCACUCUGUACUGUCAUUACUCAUUAUUUGGUAUUGUAAAAAAAUACCUGUAAUUUAAAAUGGGCAGCUUAAACGGCGAUGUUGUGGUCAUGCGUAAUGGCCGAUCCACGAGCCAGGUAUCGAUUUACAACUACCCCGAACACUUGAAUCCCUUCUAUGAAGACGAACAACAUAAACGGCUGCGUUUUUGGAAAAUUUCGAAAAAGGAUGGCGAAGGACGUCGGAAUAGUUUCUCAAUUGGUAAUCUUAGAGAUAUGUGGUCUUUCAAAUCGUUUAGUUUGAAAAAGAAAUCUUCAACAUUGGGCAUUAACAAGACCUCUGAAAGCCCUCCUCCAUUGCGGCGUGAAAUUAAUGUUGAUAACGGUUGGAAUUCGUUCGAUCAUCGUUUACGUGGCAGCGCAACGUCAUCGAUAAAUGGAGAUUCUUUCCAGCGGAAUGCCACAUACCGUAGUUCACUGCAAAAUCUACCGUCCACAAACGAUCGUUUCGGUUUCAAUCGCAACGAUGAUUAUCGCAGCACCAUACAAGUGCCCCGAGCAAAUCCACGCUAUAAUCCGCAACAACAAAAACCCUAUGUGAAGCCGAGAAGGUAUGUUUAUGGUGGGUCAGUAACACCACAACCAUUACGAAAUACUAAUCUAGGUGGCGGUAAAUACAUAUCGAACCAAGACAUAGCCUUAAACAGAUGGGGAUCGUCGCAGAGCAGCAUGGUUAGCACAAACCCCUUCGAAUCGGACGUCGAUGAUGACAAUGAAGAUGUCAAUGCGUUGCAAAGUGUUAAUGGCGGUUCUACUUCGACGCUUUCCAAAGCAACGCCACGCAAGAAGCGUCGAGCACCGGCACCACCCACUCCCUCAGAAAAGUCUUCAAUGGCCCCAGCUAUCGUAAUUAAAUCUAGUCAGGAUGAUUUGCCAAAUGAUGAGUUGUGUAUCAGAGAGGAUACGGAUAUUGCCAAUCUCACGGCUGAAAUUGAAAGUUUUGUAAAAAAUAAAAAUAACGACGACAUUGGUCCAGUCGUCAAAAAGGAAACUAAAAUAAGGGAGACGUCAUCAGAUGGCAACGCAUCGAGAGCAGAUACAGAGAAAACCGUUAUAAAAACAACAACUGUAAUAAGCACAACAACGACGAAUCCAAAGCCCGAGCCCGUCGACAAUACCAAAAAUGUCAGUACUUCUAAAGAUGGAACAACAGAAGAUGGAAUUAAACACCCCACCCCAAACAAAGAUAACAAUAUUACGACGACAACAACAUCAACAGCAAAUGACCAGAAAUCCGUGCAACAAAUAAGCAAUACAACAAUAACAAUUUCAACUCAGAAAAAUAAUGAUACCAAGCUGGUGCUACAAGAUGAGACAAAGGCCACAGCACAGGCAACGCCCAUUGCUGAAAUCCAUGCCGACAAAGCGACAUCUGUUGCCGAGACGCAAGCGAUGGCACCAAAAGCCGUUGGGGAGACAGAAACAAAAUCCGUUGAGCAAAACGUCACAACAACGCAUACAGGCAAUACAACCUCUAAGCCAGUUAAUGGUCAUGUAGUCUCAGCAGUCGAAACGGAGAAGAAGGUAAUCAUGAGUAACGGAGCCAUACCAAAGAAACCCAAAAAUUCCGAGGAUCAAAUCACAUCAACCCAGGUCGAAAGUGUCCAACUAAAGAUUGAGGAACCUCAGGAACAAGUCCAUAAACCUUUACCAGCUCAGCGUUCUGCCAAAAACGAAACGGAGGUGGGUCAUGUUGAGUGCAUUCACGUGCAUGUGGAAAGUCCAAGGGCAACACCUCGGGAGCAUCAUCCCAGCAAGGUGACCAGUUUCAAAAACGAGCACGAAGUUAUAACCACAAAAACGCCCUUCGUACUCACCAGUCCACCGAGACAGAGGAAAGCCCCAGAAAAUACCGAACUGACGAAAGAGACUACAAAGCUGGUGCAGAGUCCGAAAGCGACAGUCACGAAUGAUUUGCAAAUACAAGAAGAGCCGCGCAAACCCAGUCCAGAGAUUAGAGAAAAGCCUGCACUUUCACCAAAGCCCAUGGUCGAGCGAGUUGGACAAAGUCACAGUUUUGCCGAGAUACACAAACCCAUGAGAAAUGUUCAUGCCAGACGACCCUCUCGUGACGAAAUUGUGCCACCACCACCCUCAGUACCCUCGCAGCAAAGUUUGCCAAAGGAAACCGUUGUCGACUCGUCAACUUCUCAAGUGGUUGGAGAGCAAAAACAAACUCCCGAAGCGGCUGUACAAGUCGUAGAAGCUCAAACCAAAGAUCGACAAAGUGAACUGCCAACAUUCGCUUCAUCGUCGACCCGAAUCACAAACUCAGCCGAAGACGGCACAGGCAACGAUAGUGCACAAUUUGACGCCCUAUAUCGUCCACGAACACAAAUGGAAUGGAAGCGUUCAACCUUGGCCCCUCUGGAAACCAACAUACCGCCUGAGAAGAGAAAAUCUGUCAAAGACAUAAUCGAAUCCAUUAAUCGCAGUCAGCGUCUUUUGCAUGCGGCGGCCAACAAAGACUUCACCAUUGUUAGUGGUCCCCAGACUGCUUCCACCAAUGUCGACAGCAGCAACGAAAAUCUUCGAAUAAUUGACGAAAGCCAAAGGGAAAUCCGAAGGAUGGUAAAUCAAAUGGAACAUCGGGACAGAAGCAACGGUACGUCGACGUUCAAUGGCUCGAACCCGUCAUCAGUGUCACCACCGCCCAGCUACAGUGAAUGCAUCGCCUCUCAAAAGCUGGACAAUGGUGAAAUAUUCCAAAAAUGUACAGUCAAAAAAGAAGUCUACGACUAUAGAGAAUCCUCGCCGAUUUCAUCGAAUUUGGAUUGGAAUCCGGUGCCAAAGCCGAAACGCACCAAGCCACAAAACGAAUAGAAACCGACUUCGAAGACAUUGUGGAACAAUUUCAGGAUCAUGAUCUGGAUGAGGGGUGGGCAGGGUUGGUAAAAUUCCAAAUUAGGCUAAGGAUGUUAGAUCACUGAAGCACAACCCUAAAUGUGCUUGUAGUUCUCAGAACUAAGUUGGUUAGAAAUUUGUCAGAUACAUGAUGUUGCUUGCAACACCUUCAACAACUCCCAGAUUGGCCAUUGUACUGCGUUUUCGAUCGAUCCCAAGUAUAUAUAUUUGCUAACUUACGCAGCAAUGAUCCUGUUAUACAUAUGCGAGUCUAACGACUAUAAACGUAGUCCCUAACCCUUAGGAUAUAUACAUAAAUAUUUAUUUACCAAAUAUGCAAAUAUGUAUGUGUGCAAAUCUGCAUUUGAAAAUGCGAGGUAUUAUCCUAGACUAAAUAAAGUGUUGACUCUAUUUCACUUUUCCAAAUUUCCAUUUUUUGUUUGUAAAUCAUCAAUUUCCAGUUUGUUAUUGUUACUACUUUUAUCAAUUGAAAUAUAUUAGUAACCUGAGUAUUUUCACUACAAUUCAUAUAAACAACAUAAGCGACAUCUGUCCAAUCGAAUUUGUAUUUCUUUUCUCUAUGUUCUUUGUUUAGUCUAUGAUAUUGUUAAUUUACAAUCUGCAUACUCGUAUGUUAUUGACGAGUAAUACGAGUACAUGCAUAUAUAUUUGCGGAUUAUCGUAGCCAUUAAUUUAUCGGGGUCUAAAUGCAAUAACCUUUAUCCUUAAUUUAUAAUUGUAUUGUAAAUGACUUUGUUAUCGCUGUGGCCGAGAGAAUUAGUUUGGAACCGCAAUCUUCUCUCACCCUGCGAGCGCUUAUAUAUGUAUACAACGAUUCGUAUUUUGUUUUUUUUUUUUUUUAAUUAUUUCAAGUCAAUUUCAAAUCUUGUGUACUUCAUCUGUUGCCUUUGGACUUGCAUGGCGACAACCUGUAUUUCAUAACAACGAAUAUCUAAAUAUGUUUGUAUCCGAAUUCGUAACGUACGAUUGUGUUUUCAUAUACCUAUGUAUGUAUGAUUGUAUGAUAAUCUAUUUUUGUUAAUGAAUAAAACACAAAAAAGAAAAAAAAAACAAAAUAAUGAACAAAUA